AUGAUUCAAAAUUACCAAGACGCUAAGGCCAAAUUUGGCAGACCAUCCCUAUUCGUCACGUUCACAUGCAAUCCAAACUGGCGUGAAAUCAAAGAAAAUAUGCAUAUUAACAUUUUGAAUCCACAAGACAGGCCAGAACUGAUCGCAAGAGUUUUUCAACUGAAAAUGAUGGAAUUUUUCAAAGAUGUGGAAGAAAGUAAAAUUUUCGGCAAAGUGAUCGCUUUUGUCUACGUCACCGAAUUCCAAAAGCGAGGGUUGCCUCAUAUGCAUUGCUUAUUAUUUUUGUCCGAAAAGGACAAGUUACGAAAUCCCGAUGACAUAGACAAGUUGAUCUGCGCCGAACUUCCAGAAGAAAACACUAGGCUUUUCGACGUAGUAAUGUCUACCAUGAUUCAUGGACCAUGCGGAAAUUGUAAUCCGAAUUCCCCCUGCAUGUUAGACUGA